GGCCAGUACUCCGUGCCGCGGCUCUGUGCUGCCAGCCUGCCAGUGUGGCGUGCGCUGCUGCGCUGUGUUUGGCGUGCCGCUGUGACUCUGUGACCGCGAGGGCACACCGCGAGGCCGAGCCAGGCCGCGAAGCACGACGGGCAGCAGGACGAGGAGAGGAGAGUCGCGCUGCGCUGACGGCCGGACGCGUCACUGUCUGCCUUGGUACCCACAGGUGUCGGUCGGUUCGGUGCAUCGGCGCGGUGCACGCGAGCAGCCAGUCAGCCAGCCAGCCAGUCAGCCAGCAGCAGGCGCCUGGGCGCGCGCAGCAGUGCCUUUCCCGCCGCCGGAUUUCCCUCUUGGAUUUCCCUCUCGGUUUUCCCGGCCGCGGAAAACGAUGGCGGUGACGACGAGGACGGCAGCGCUGGCACUCCUGGUGGCGGGGGCCUUGGCGGCAAGCUUCAGCCUUGGCAGCGCGCAGUUCACGUUCCAGGACCGGUCAUUUGGUGGUAAUAACCGACAGAAUCUUCGCAUGGCGAAAGCACUUAAUGGAAGUGAAAGCCACUUUGAUGAAGUUCUUAGGAAUAUAUUGGUUCCCCGAGUUGUUGGUACUUCGUCACAUCAAAAAGUGAAAGAGUACAUCAUUGGUCAAAUGAGAGGGCUUGGCUGGCAAGUGGAAACAACUCCAUUUUACUCUAAGACACCUAACUUUGGGUCUCUGCUGUUUGAAAAUAUUAUUGCCAGAGUGAACCCCUCAGCAAAGCAAGUACUUGUUCUGUCAUGCCACUAUGACUCAAAAUAUUUUACUAACAUUGAAUUUUUGGGAGCCACUGAUUCAGCUGUCCCCUGUGCCAUGCUGAUAAAUUUAGCUCAUGCUCUUCAAAAUGAACUUCCAGCUCUAAAGGCAACGGAUGUGGGUCUUGAAUUGUGGUUCUUUGAUGGAGAAGAGGCCUUUGUACGCUGGGGGCCUAAUGAUUCUAUUUAUGGAUCUCGCUAUCUUGCUACCAAAAUGGAAAAGGAAAAUACCCUGGGAAAAAUUAAAUUGUUUGUUUUAUUGGACUUGCUGGGGACUCCGGGGCCCUAUUUCUACAGUUACUCAAGAGCAACAGAGGGUGCUUACCGUACCCUGGCAUCUGGAGAAAAGUUUCUGGCAGCAUCUCGGCAUUUGAAAGCUGUAGGUAGCAAUAAUGGAUUCAGGGGACGGCGCCUCUCGUAUUUCCAGGACAAUUCAGUUUCUCAUGCCGUUGAAGAUGACCAUACUCCUUUUCUUCAGAGAGGGGUGCCUGUUCUUCACAUCAUCCCUCAUAAAUUUCCAGAUGUAUGGCAUACGAAGAACGACAACUGGAAUGCCAUUGAUAGACCAACGGUAGAAGACCUCAACAAAAUAAUGAGAAUGUUUGUUCUCAAUUACCUUAACUUAUGAUUUCUUUGUUUCUGUUAAGACAUUAUUGAAAAGACUUACUCAUUCUGAACCAUGUAAAAAAUUGCCAACUCAGUGAAUAUGUCUAUCCCAAAGUUUUCAUAUUAUUUUCUCCUUUUUGACUGUAUAACUGUCAUUGUCUUAAAUUUUGUGACAACGAGGCACCCCUUGAAGUACUCAUUAGUUCGUUUGUGAUGCCCUUGGACUUCCCCCUCAUCACUCAAAUAGACCAGCUGAUUCCUUUGGCUGCUGACAGUGGUCUUGAGAGUUCAACAUUUUAACAAUGUUAGGCUUAGUUGCUCUUGGUUACUAUGCAUCAUGAAGCUCAAUGAAAAGGUUGUGAGCUAAUUGUAAGUUUUCCUAAAACACUAUUGUUAUUUUGUGAUGUGAUAUUUUUUUACUUUAGGGUGCACUGAACACCAUUAAUGUUUUCAUCUUAUUAAAGUGACCCAUCCUCGUUA